UCAACUCUUCUUCUACCUGAAAAUAAAUAAAUUCCAAUCCAUAAAAUUACUCACAAUUCUUACAAAUAUAUCUGAAUUUAGAAGAUAACCAACAAAAAAGCAGCAAUGAAAUUGCACACACAAUCUUCAAUGAAUCACAGAAGAGAUGAAGAAAUGUCAAUGUCAAUUUCACAAAACACCCCUCCAUCUUCUCCAAAAACAUUCAAACACCCCAGAUCUCUUCCUAGAUCCAUUAAUUACCUCCUUAAAGAACAACGUCUCCUUUUCAUCCUUAUUGGUAUCUUAAUCGGGUCAACAUUCUUCAUUCUCAUCAACCCAUCUUCACAAAUCCCCAAAUCACACGAUUCAAUUCCCUCAAUUACACAUACAUCAACUAUUACCACACCGUUUAAGACAAGUAGUAGUAGCUUCUUAACGGGUGCGGGUACGGGUCGGGUACCGGUUGGGAUAGGGAGGAAACGGAUGCGGGUAGUGGUAACGGGUGGGGCAGGGUUUGUAGGGUCACAUUUAGUUGAUAAGUUAAUUAAAAGAGGUGAUGAUGUUAUUGUUAUUGAUAAUUUUUUUACUGGAAGGAAAGAAAAUUUGAUGCAUCAUUUUGGGAAUCAUAGAUUUGAGUUAAUUAGACAUGAUGUUGUUGAACCUAUUUUAUUGGAAGUUGAUCACAUCUAUCAUUUGGCUUGUCCUGCUUCACCUGUUCAUUAUAAGUAUAAUCCCGUCAAGACUAUUAAGACAAAUGUGAUGGGUACUCUUAACAUGUUGGGCCUUGCCAAGAGAAUUGGUGCAAGGUUCUUGCUUACUAGUACAAGUGAGGUUUAUGGUGAUCCACUUGAGCAUCCACAAAAGGAAACGUAUUGGGGAAAUGUGAAUCCAAUAGGUGUUAGGAGCUGUUAUGACGAAGGAAAACGGACUGCUGAAACCUUGACUAUGGAUUACCAUCGUGGUGCAGGUGUUGAGGUGCGCAUAGCCCGAAUUUUCAAUACAUACGGACCUCGCAUGUGUCUCGAUGAUGGACGUGUUGUCAGCAACUUUGUCGCGCAGGCCAUCCGCAAGCAACCAAUGACAGUGUAUGGUGACGGGAAGCAAACACGAAGCUUUCAAUAUGUCUCUGACUUGGUUGAUGGAUUAGUGGCCUUAAUGGAGGGUGAGCACAUUGGCCCUUUCAACUUGGGAAACCCAGGAGAGUUCACCAUGUUAGAGCUUGCCGAGGUUGUCAAAGAAGUGAUUGAUCCAAGUGCUACUAUUGAGUUCAGAGCUAACACAGCUGAUGAUCCUCACAAGAGGAAGCCAGAUAUCAGCAGAGCAAAGGAACUGCUAAACUGGGAGCCCAAAGUACCCUUGAGGGACGGUUUGCCUCGCAUGGUCAAUGAUUUUCGCAAUCGCAUCUUAAAUGAAGAUGAAGGGAAAGGCAACUAAUUUAAGAGUAGUAGCAACACUAGGUUGUAUAGACCAAGCUUAGUGUACUGUUUAUUGUUCUUGCUAAUAUACGAAUUUGAUAUUCGUUCAUUUUUUUCCCUCUUCAUUUUUGUAUCAAUAUUGCAAUAGCUACUGGAAUGCUCAGACAUGAACCACUACUCUAGGUGGAUGCUUCGUGUAUCCGGUUUUUGGUUUUGAUGUUUUUUCCCAAUACACAUCAUGUAAUUCUACAGGGAAAAAGUUUUGAGCUUUUAGCUUCAGUUAAUAUCAUAUGUUGCAGGUAUUGGUUUUGACUAG